AGUUGAUUAAAAACCUUGUUCGGGAACAGUCGGCACAUUGGCCUUCGUUGACUGUCGUUCAGUCAAGUUUUUGUUGUUGUUGUUGUUUAUCUUAACUUGUUUAUCAAGCUUUCAGCUCUCAGCUGAUUCAAUAACCUUUGAAUUUUGACAAGCAAAAAAAAAAUAAAUAAAUAUCAAUUAUAAUGAUAAACACUUGACAAUGAACAAAGUUUAAAUUAUCAAAAUAUCAAGUGCCUUCUAAAUAUUAUCUAGGUCAAAAAAUUAUUGGUUUAUUUAUUUUUUAUGUUUAUUAAAUUAUCGUUUUUAUAUUUAUAUUAAAAAAAAAAAAAACAAAAUUAUACAAUGCUGAUUGAUGCACUGUGUUCAAAGUGCUCUUGAGUGAAUUAAUGCUAUCUUUUUUUUUUUGUUAAGUUCCUCUGAUUAUUAAUUUAUUAAUUAUUAUUUAUUUAUACAAAAAUGCCAACACAAUUGAGUAAAUUUUCUAUAAAUUCUACUUGUCAUGAAGUUAUACAUCCUUGGACAAAUUCCUGUAUUUCAGCAACUGCUGGACUUGGUCUGCAUUCCAUCCAAGAAUGUCUAAAAAUAUAUUCAACUGUUUACUUUGUAACUUUGUUAAUGAAAGGAAAAAAACCAUCAAAAGAUGACAUCAAAAAAACAAUCAGUGGUAUUUUACAAUCAACUGCAUUUUUGUCAUGGAGUGCAUUUACAUUAUCAUUUUCAAUUUGUUGUUUGAGACGAAUUCUGGGUAAUUUUAAUAUUUUAUCUGUAUCAUAUAUUCCAUCAUUUUUUUCAUGUUUAUCAGCAAUUAUUAUUGAAAGACCAUCAAGACGUCCACUUCUUUGUCUAUAUGUAUCAAAUAUUGCAACAGAAACAUUAUUUAAAAUGGGUGUAUGGAGAGGAUAUUGGAAACCAAUAAAAUUUGGUAAUGUUUAUAUAUUUGCAACAAGUAUGGCAAUGUUAUUAUAUUAUUAUCGUUGUGAAGAAAUUAAAAAAGAUUCAAUAUUUCGUAUUAUUAAAUUUAUUGCAAGUCCAUAUGAAGAUCCAACUCAUAAUGAUCAUAAAAAUAUUUCAAUAAAUAAUUCUAAUAAACAUACUGAUGCUAAAAAAAAAAUUAUAUAUAAAAAUAAAAAAUCAUUAAGUAUUAUUUGGAAAUCAUUAAAAGUUUAUCAAUAUAUUAUAACUUGGAUUAAAAGUUUAACAAGACAUUCAACUUGUCCACAUCCACACAGUUGUAUACAUUUUAUUAUUGAGGGAACAAGUAAGCUAUUUGGAAUUGGAUUGGGUGUACAAUUAUCAAUGAAGAUAAUUUUUCAAUUACAAAAAUUAAUAAAACAGCCAAAAUUAAUUAAAACAAUUUUAUUUAAAAAAAAUAAUUUUAAUUUGGCAUUAUUUCUUGGUGGAUUUACUGGUUUUUAUAGACUGAUGACAUGUUUAUUGAGAAGAACAUUUGAUAAAGAUUCAAAGUAUCAUGCAAUACCAUCUGGUUUAGUUGCUGGUGCUGCAUUUGCUAUGUUUCCAAAUAAUACUGUUGCACUUUAUGUCAUGUGGAAAUCAUUACAGUUGUACUGGAAUAGAGGUGUUGAAAAAGGAUAUUUACCAGAGUACAAAUGGUUUGUUAUUGUUUUAUAUAGUCUAAGUACUGCAGUGCUUCUUCAUGCAGCAAUUGUUGAGCCACAAAAUCUCAGAUCAUCUUAUUGGAAAUUUUUAUACAACUUAUCUGGUGGAAGAAUUGCAUCAAUGUCAAGAGUUCCUCUUGAUGAAUUUGGCUUGAGUUCAUCAAAAUGUCUACAAGAUGUUUUGAAAGCAACAAACACAACAGAUAUUAAAAAAUAUUCAUUUUAAAAAUAUAUUAUUUAUUCAGUGUAUUGUUUACAAUACGAUGAGGUAAUACUUUAUUUUUUUUUCAAGUUAAUAUAAUCAUAAUGACGUGAAAAAAUAUAUGAAUAGUCAAUUGUGAUUUUUGCAUAAUACAGAGUCCAAAAGCCAGUGUCCUAUAACUAGGAUAGAUCAUUGAAAUUGAAAAAAAAAAAAUUAGUAUAUUUCAUAAGUACGUACGAAGUUCAAAAUUAUUAUAAUCAUUAUAAUAAUACAAGCAAAUUAUUAUUUUUUUACGGGAUAAAAUGCUUAUAUAUAUUUUUUUUUUAAUUUAAUUUAUUAUUUAUUUAAAAUGGUGCAUAGAUUUCUUUUAUAUUUAAAAAAAAAGGGUUUAAAAAUUACCUUAUAGAAAUAUUUUAAUUAUCAAUCGAGUCUUUUUUUUUUUUUUAAACAAUUUAUUUAUUGUUUAGCUGUAUCAAAUUAACAAUCAAAAAGGCGUAUUGAUAAAUUUAAAAAAUAAAUUAAAUAUUUUCAAUGAUAUUUUAUUUAUUAUACAUAAAAAAGUUUUCAUAAAAAAAAAUAUUUUCAUACAAUUUUAUAAUGAUUGUUGUUUAAUAAAAAAAAAAAAAAUGCAAGUA